UGGGGGUGCUUUGUUGUCGCGGCCUGUGGUUGUGAAGAGCUCGGUUGGAUGAUGGCGGGGAGAUGGUUGGGUGACAGAUGGUGGAGCGGGGGGCUCAGCCUUCGCCGAGACUCUUGGCUCACGACAUGGGGCGGCGGGAGUGAUGCCUGAUUGUCUGUGAUGGUGUGAAUGUGUGGACGGUCUCGGGUGCAUUUGACGGAAGGCGACUGAUCUCUACUGUAUGUGCGAAAUACUGGGGCAGGGCUGAGGCAGCACUGAGGAGCACUGGGGCAGAAUGGGACAGCAUGCGACAUCGCCGAGGAAGAUCAAUCAGAAUUGCCCUAAAAAUACGAUUCUGAAGGAUUCAUUUUACACAUAGCACGGUAUCAGUUUUUGUCUGCCGACCGUCUAUCAAAGGACUUGGCGUACGGCAUGGUGCACACUUUGUGAAUCCUUCGAUAACUCAAAAUUGAAGUAUAUAUUAUCUCUGCUCCCCCGAACAAAGGCACACUCAUCACGACGACAACGACCGACUCCAAGUUACAAACUUCACACUCACAUCUCCUCAACUACGCUCCUCUAAUACACCUUAAUUCCUCUGCCUCACCACCACCUCAAACAUGUCAAACAUGGCCAGCGUCUCCCGCCCGCCGAGCAUCCACGCGCCAUGGCGCAAAAGCUUCAUCAUCCCGCUCUUCACCAUCCAGCUCGGCUUCGCUGCCUUCGUCGGCAUCUGGCACCUCAUGCACUACGGAUUCUCCAUCUACGAAGGCACAGACUCAGGCUCGAACUCCUACACUGAGGCCCUUUACGCGACGAUCGGCAGCUUCGGGGUGGUCAGCACCUUCAUCGUGAUCGGGCACAUCGUGCUCUUCGCGCACUUCCGGUUGACGGCGUGGAUCUUCCUGCUGGGGAACGGGGCCGUGACGGUGUUGAGUCUGAUCUCGAUGGUUAUUGGGAUUACGAACGAGAAGCGGAGGUAUGAGUUUGGGUAUAGCGAUUACCUUAUUGUUGCGUUCCCGGCGGUGUUGGUGUUUAUUUCGCUUUGGGGGUUGGUGUAUGCGGUGAUUGUGUGGAGGAAGGUUAAUUCGGGGAGGGCGGUGGAUAUGGUGAAGCCGGGGGGUGGGUUUGGGGGGGCGACGAAGGGGGGGGAUGUUAAGGACGAUGCGAAUGCGAUUCCUAUGGUUUAAGACCGGGGAUGGGGACGACACCACGACAUGAGGGGAUGGGGAGUAAUGAUACAGCACAGCUCUACUGGCUUGACGCCUGGGGAUGUGGCUGCGAUGAGUGGCGGAGGAGGUAAUGGUGCACACUACAGUUGCACGGGUUUCAGUUUAAUGGGAUUGUGGCUACGAAACUCGAGAAGAGAGAGAGAGGCGAACGGAGGAGGAGGUAAUGAUGCACACUACAGUUGCAUGGCUUCAAAAACAACUUAAUGAGGUCGAAAAGGUCAAAAAGGUCGAAAUAACUUAAUGAGGAGUGGCAUUAGUAAUAGGCUACACGAUCGAUAGAUGGAUUAAUGAAUCAAGAC